AUGAAAACCGAAGAAAAAGAAAACGAGUCUGAAAAUACCAUUGAUCAAGAAGAAGAAAAAGAAGAACUUACACAGGAACUUCCGAUUCUGCCACUGGGCGAUCUUGUCGUUUUUCCGUACAUGCCGCCAGUGCCGCCGUUUCCACCGCAUCACGUCGCGCUCUCUGGAAAGAUGGCUACCACGGCUAUUGAACAUGCUAUGGAGGCUGAUAGGGUGCUUUGCAUCUUUCGUCCAAAAAGGGAACUCUCCAAAGAAGAUAUCAAGGACAUUAAAGCAGACGAUCUCAGCCCAGUCGGGAGUUUGAUCCAUAUCCUCCGCUAUAAAACCGAUGAUGAGGAUGUAUUGUUCCUCGCGCAUGGACGAGAACGCGUACAAAUUGAGGAGAUCUUGCAUACGGAGCCCUUCGUCAAGGCGCGCGUCAGCAUCAUAGGAAACGAUGAUUCAGACUCGGUUUCCGCUGACUCAGAGACGGACUUGGAAGUUGAGGCACUUGUGCGCAGCAACGAUGAAAUGUUCCAGCGCAUUGUUCAGAUGUCAUCGCGCUACCAAGAGGAAUACGGCAGUAUAACCAAAACUAUGCUUGAUGAGCCAGGUCGCCUUGCCGACUACAUCGCCGCUGUAUUGGAUUUAAAGUCCCACGAUAAGCAGCGCAUUUUGGAGGCGGUAUCUAUUCAUGAACGGUUAAAUACCCUGGCAGUUAUUCUCGCAAAAGAACUUGACUUGCACGAAUUAGAAAGCAAAAUCCAAAAUAAUGCACAAGCAGUUAUUAACAAAGGACAGCGCGAAUACUACCUUCGAGAACAACUUAAGGCUAUUCAGACCGAACUUGGCGAAGCGGACGACCUCGGACUUGAAAUUGAUGAGAUGCGAGAGCAGCUGCGCGAAACUGAGAUACCCGAAAAAGCGAAGCAGGCAGCCGAAAAAGAACUCAAACGGCUUUCCAAAAUGCAGUCUUUAUCACCGGAAUCAACCGUUUCCCGGAAUUACUUAGAUUGGUUGCUAAACCUACCGUGGUCUGUUAGUACCGAGGAUUCAUUAGAUCUCGCUGCGGCAAAAGAGAUUCUUGAUGCGGAUCACUACGAUCUGGAAAAAAUCAAAGAACGGAUUUUAGAGCAUCUCGCUGUACGCAUGCUCAAAGCAGAUAUGAAGGGCCCCAUCUUCUGUUUCGUUGGGCCGCCGGGUGUCGGAAAAACCUCGCUUGGUAAAUCCAUUGCGCGCGCUAUGAACAGAAAAUUUGUGCGUAUCUCAUUAGGUGGCAUGCACGAUGAAGCCGAGAUCCGUGGGCACCGGCGUACCUAUAUCGGUUCCAUGCCGGGACGAAUUGUCAAAGGGUUACGCCAAGCCGAAUCGAACAACCCUGUCUUUAUGCUUGAUGAAAUUGAUAAACUCGGUUCUGAUUUUCGCGGCGACCCGGCUUCUGCGCUUUUGGAAGUCCUUGAUCCCGGAGCAGAAUCACUCAUUUACGGACAAUUACCUCGAUGUCCCCUUUGA